CAGUCAAUGAUUAUCGAUUUCAAGGCAACGAUCCAAAGUUCAGUACAUAAACACCACCAAUGAAUAUGAUUGAAUGAGGAGCAUCAUGUCUUUGAAAACAUUUUCCUGCAGGGUUUUGUAUAAAUUGUUAAACCCUUGUAUCGUCGCUUCAAUUAAACGAGAUGCAGCUGUGCUGGGACGGAGCUCCGCGCGGGGCUACUACAACGCCGGGAAGCCCAGGUGCCCCGGGCCGGUCGGGGCGGCCCGCGUCCGGGUAGUGGACCUCCGCAGCGACACGGUGACCAAGCCCGGGCCGGCGAUGCGCCAGGCCAUGGCGGAGGCCGAGGUCGGAGAUGACGUGAUGGGAGAAGAUCCAACGGUUAAUGAGCUACAAAAAAUCGCAGCUGAUAUGUUUGGGAUGGAGGCCGCGCUGUUUGUCCCCACUGGAACCAUGAGUAACCUCAUCGCAGUGAUGGUGCACUGUAGGGAGCGGGGCGAUGAGAUGAUUGUGGGUGAUCUGUCCCAUUUACACAUCUAUGAGCAGGGAGGUAGCGCACAGCUGGCUGGUGUCCACGCUACCACUGUGACCACCCUCCCCAAUGGAACAUUUGACUUGGAGCAGCUGGAAUCAAAGAUCCGCCACGGUUACCCUGAUCCCCACUACCCCCGCUCACGCCUCAUAUGUGUGGAGAACACACACAACAUACAGGGAGGACGUGUGCUGCCUCUGUCCUUCCUGCAGGAGGUUCGUGCUUUAGCAGAUAGAUAUGGUCUGUCAGUUCACAUGGAUGGAGCCAGGGUGAUGAAUGCUGCUGUGUUCCAGGGGGUGCCGCCAUCCACCAUACUGCAGCACACAGACACUGUCAGUGUGUGCCUCUCCAAGGGUUUGGGUGCCCCAGUGGGUACCAUGCUGGCUGGACCCCAGGAUUUCAUAGCCAGAGCGGUGCGGUGCCGUAAAGCCCUGGGUGGGGGGAUGCGGCAGGCUGGUAUACUAGCAGCAGCUGGAAAACUGUCUUUACUGGAUAUGGUAAGAAGACUGGAGGAGGAUCACCGCAAUGCAAAAACCUUUGCUCAAGCGCUGCUCGACUGCGAUGCUCCUCUAUUUGCUGUAGACAUGGCGGCCGUGGAGACAAACAUCCUGCGUUUCCGUCUAGAGGAACCCGGUUUGAGCCCCUCUGAGUUCUGUGCCCACAUGGGUCAGGUUUGCGAAGGAGAGGAGGCUGCAUUGGGACAAGGGAUACAAGUUCUCAUGUACCCUCAUUUUGGAAACUCAGUAAGGGCUGUGUGGCAUCUUGGGAUAUCCCCUGAAGAUACCCAGCUGGCCAUUCAGAAAAUGCAAUUUGUGGCUUCUCAGUACUUGAAUGAAAAACUCAGGGCCCAGUGAAACCUGACCUGUAUAGUCAAAUCACUAGGACUGAUCAUAGAAAUUUUACACAGACUAACUUCACCUCAAACAUGGGACGAACAACAACCAGAGUCACUUUUGACUGUGGUCCUCUUUAUAUCCCUCGUCAUUUAAUUUUUUUUUUGCAAUUCUCAUGCAUUAAAUUUAAUGAACCACU